GCAGUUCGUGACCUCAUCCGAGAGUACCACGACGUUUUUCCAUCGUUGUUCUCGUACACCUACAUCCGACCGAUGCGUGACGUCGAGCACUCCAUUCAGCUUGUGCCUGACUAUCGUGUUCACCACCAGGCACCCUACAGAUUCUCGAUCCCUGAGGCCACCGAACUCAAGCGUCAGCUUGAUGAGCUCCUGAGACUGGGUUUCAUUAAACCCAGCAACUCCCCGUGGGGUGCACCCGUCCUCUUUGCUCGCAAAGCGGAUGAAACUCUUCGUCUCUGCAUCGACUACCGCGGUCUCAACCGCUACACGGUUAAAAACAGCUACCCCAUGCCUCGUUCCGAUGAGUUGUUCGACCGCCUAGCAGGCAACCGCUUCUUUAUGAAGAUCGAUCUUCGUAGCGGUUACCAUUUGAUCCGCGUCGCUGCAGCCGACCAGCCGAAGAUCGCGUUCCGAUCGCGAUUCGGCCACUACGAGUUAACGGUGAUGCCAUUCGGCCUCACCGACACACCCGCUACCUUCCAGAGGGCAAUGAAUGACAUCUUCAAGGACAUCCUAGAGCAGUACGUUCUCGUCUACCUCGACGAUAUCCUGGUCUAUAGUCGUACCCUUGAGGAGCACCUCAGACACCUCCGCGAAGUCCUUGACUGCUUGCGCAGACAUGGCUUCUACGCCAAGCUGAGCAAGUGUCGCUUUCUACGUGUCCGAGCAGUAGCAGAGUUCCAUGACCAGGCAGCCGCCGGUCAUAUGGGCUUCCACAAGACGUUGGCUCGUGUGAGCCGCCUGUACGUCUGGCCGAAGCGCAAGGACUUUGUGAAGGACUACGUCGCAGAGUGUCCCACCUGUCAGGAGGUGAACAGUGCGAACCACCUACCUUAUGGUUUGCUCCAGCCUCUUCCUAUCCCUGAGGGUUAUUGGCAGUCCAUCUCGAUGGACUUUAUCGGUCCUCUUCGACCUCCGACCCCCCGCAGUCAUGAUGCUAUCCUGGUCGUCGUCGACCGCUUCACGAAGCGUGCACGCUUUGUUCCGUGCCGCUAUGCUAUCAAUGCACGUGAGGUCGCCGACAUCGUGUUUGACCGAGUCGUGCGCGACCACGGCUUACCUCUUAGCAUCAUAUCUGACUGUGACCCGCGCUUUACCAGCCGAUUGUGGCGACGGCUCCACGAGGUAUACGGCACUCAGCUCCGCUUCUCCUCGUCUUACCAUCCUCAGACUGAUGGUCAGACCGAGAUCACUAACAGGACUCUCAAGGAUAUUCUCCGAAAGAUUGUUCGUGACGACCAGCAGUGGGACCUCCAUCUUGCCCACGUGGAGAUGGCCUACAACCACGCCUUCUCGCCAGCCACGGGGAUGUCGCCUUACUAUUGCGACCUCGGCUAUCACCCUCGUGUUGCCGCGGACUUCCUUCGACCGUCACAGAUGCACCCCGACACGAGUUGUCCCGCGCUAGAUGAUUGGGUUGCACACAUGACGUCGAUCAUGAAGACCGCACAUGAGCACAUAGUCGCUUCCCAGACUCGCGUGGCAGCACGUGCGAAUCGAUCGAGGAUGAAUCAUUCAUUCAAAGUCGGUGAUGAUGUGCUUAUCGACGCCCGCCACUGACAGCUCGAAGCGGAUACGCUUCGCAAGUUUCAGCAUC